AUGGCAGCGACGACAUCCAGCUCUGAUGUCAAGGUCACCCUUUACUGGUUGGAGCAGUCUCGCGCCCAGUCAAUUCUCUGGGUGUUGGAAGCCCUAUCGGUUCCAUACCAGUUGAAGACCUUCAAGCGCGGCCCUGAUAUGCUGGCGCCCGAAGAGCUGAAAGCAAUUCACCCUCUCGGAAAGUCGCCGGUUAUUAGCGUUGAACGCCCAGAGUUCCCCAAGCCUUUGGUCCUGGCCGAAUCCGGCGCCAUUGUCGAGUACCUAGUUGAUCACUUUGGUGGCGAAGAGAAGGGAAUUGUUCCGAAACGCUAUGCUAGCGAGGAAGACAAAGCCAAGGGUAUUGAGACGGAGGAGUGGUUGAGAUACAGAUUCUAUCUGCAUUAUAUCGAGGGAAGCUUGAUGCCGCAGCUAGUUACUUCUUUGAUUAUUGACGGCGUACGAAACGCCCCCGUUCCAUUCUUCGUCAAGCCUAUCACCCGUAUUGUCGCCUCCAGGAUUCAGAGUACCUGGCUCGACAAGCAAUUUGCCGUCCACUUCCCAUUCCUGGAACAACAACUCGAGACUGUUCCUGGCACAACAGAGACCCAAAAGGGGGGUAUUUGCGGGCCUAAAUUCAAUGCCGCGGAUAUGUUGAUGAGUUUCCCUAUCAUUGCGGCUACAGGCAGAGGUGUUUUCACCAAGGAGGAAUACCCUGAGAUCGUGGCUUACGCGGGUAGACUGCAGAAGGACGAGGGAUACCAAAAUGCAGCGAAGAAGAUUGAAGAGAUUGAGGGACGAUUUGUUGCUUCAUUGUGA